AUGGAAGAUGGAGGGAACUUACGCAGCACCUUUGAGCGAACAUACAACAAAUUGGUUUCUCAGGAUGAAUUAAAUGCAGAUGAUAACCCUCUGUACACAAACGAAGACGAACGACAAGUGUCCCUGUCCAUGGUGAGGCCUGAUUCCUGUCUGAAUCAUUACAGACUGAUUACAGUGUGUCUGUCAGUGUUGGCUGUUAUUCUGCUCGCUGUUGAUAUUGGCCUGGGAGUCUAUUACAACAGACUCACUGAUGGUGAGCGUACAGUAAGGGACAUCAGCGCUGAGGUGGCCAAACUGCAGGAUGCAUACAACACUGCAGUUAAGAACAGAGAUGAAGUCAAGGAACAGUUGGCAAAAGAGCUCAGUCUACAGAGGCUUACCAAGUGGGAGCUCGAACACCAGAAGAGAAGGAGCAAAGACUAUGAAACACAGAUAUCUCUUCUUUCUGCGGUGACAGAGGAGGGCUGCAGACACUGUUUGCCAGGAUGGACUUUUGUGAACUCACAGUGUUACUAUUUCCCCUUCUCUGACACUGUAAUGCGCAAAUCAUGGGGUGAGAGCAGAAAUUUUUGCAAGAGGUAUGGUGGUGACCUGGCAGUGAUAGACAACAAAGAAAAACAGGUAAGUCUCAGUAUUGUAUUCAACACAAAUUGCAUUUUAGGAGACUAUACAUUGAGUAGACAAAGUAACUUCAUAAAUUUAAAAAAAAAACUGUUUAUAAAUGUAUUCUGAGGCCUGUGCAUUUCUAAUAUUCCAGCUGGCUAUAAGUGAGUUAGUAAAUCAUUAUCAAGACCCAUCAAGACCCAUGGUCUAUAGCGGCUUCUGGAUUGGAGCAAGAGACUCGGAAGUAGAAGGGAUUUGGAGAUGGCUGGAUGGAACAAGAGUGAAUGAGGGGUAAAGAAUACAGCACACAUCAAAAACUACAGGCUCAAAGGAAGCAAAUGUAAUGUAACUUUGUAGUUAAAUGACCCAUUUUUGUUUGUUUCAGAUUCUGGAAUGAUGGAGAGCCCAAUAACGUGGGAGAGGAGGACUGUGCAGCCACAUAUCCCAGAAACAACCCCUUUAAGGGUUGGAAUGAUGCCCCAUGCAAUCAUGAGUUGAAAUGGAUCUGUGAAAUGGCACCAACAUCUGCGAGUUCACUUGUCUGA